AAGGGGUCAUUUGAAUUUCAGUGGCAAUAAAGUCGGAAGAUUCCCACUCCCGUCUCUUAUCCUUUCUUGAAGCUAAAGAGAGGAAAGACAAGAAUGGUGGAGGCUUUCUGUGCCACCUGGAAGCUGACAGAUAGUCAGAACUUUGAUGAGUACAUGAAGGCUCUAGGUGUGGGCUUUGCCAUUAGGCAGGUGGGGAAUGUGACUAAGCCAACCGUGAUCAUAAGUCAGGAAGGAGACAAAGUGGUGAUCAGGACUCAAAGCACAUUCAAGAACACAGAGAUUAGUUUCCAUCUGGGAGAAGAGUUUGAUGAAACAACUGCAGAUGACAGAAACUGUAAGUCUGUUGUAACUCUGGAUGGCGACAAACUCAUUCAUGUACAGAAAUGGGAUGGCAAAGAAACAAAUUUUGUGAGAGAAAUUAAGGAUGGAGUAAUGGUUAUGACUCUUACUUUUGGUGAUGUGGUUGCUGUUCGCCACUAUGAGAAGGCAUAG